GCGUUCAGUUUCAGGAAAUUGUGGAUGUUCACUGGGCCUGGCUUUCUGAUGAGUAUUGCGUUCUUGGACCCAGGAAACAUUGAGUCCGACCUUCAGUCUGGGGCAGCAGCAAGCUUUAAGCUGCUCUGGGUCCUCCUCUUAUCCACGUUCCUUGGCUUACUCCUGCAGAGACUUGCAGCUCGGCUCGGGGUGGUGACUGGACUGCACCUUGCUGAAGUCUGUCACAUUUACUAUCCAAAGCAUCCUCGCCGUAUCCUAUGGGUUAUGAUUGAGAUUGCUAUCAUCGGGUCUGACAUGCAGGAGGUCAUUGGCACAGCAAUUGCCAUCAAUCUACUGUCCAAUCAAAGGAUUCCUAUUUGGGGAGGAGUCAUUAUAACCAUAGUGGACACCUUCGUAUUCCUGUUGCUUGACAAAUAUGGUCUCCGGAAGUUGGAAUUUUUUUUUGCUUUCCUGAUUGCGAUUAUGGCACUAACAUUUGGAUAUGAGUAUGUGGUGGUUAAACCCGAUCAGGGGGAAGUAGUGAAGGGUCUAUUCUAUCCGUACUGUGCUGGAUGUGGCAGAACUGAACUCCUUCAGGCUGUGGGGAUCGUUGGGGCAAUCAUCAUGCCCCAUAAUAUCUACCUCCACUCAGCUCUCGUCAAGAGCAGACAAGUUGACCGGAGCAGACCAUCAGAGUUGAAGGAGGCGAAUAUGUAUUACCUGAUCGAGUGCUCCAUUGCCCUGUUUAUAUCGCUGCUCAUCAAUAUAUUUGUUAUUGCUGUGUUUGGAGCUGCCUUCUACCAGAAGACCAAUAUGGAUGUGUAUGACAUCUGUGCCAAGAGUGGAAGCCCCUACCUCCAUGUGCUGCCAAGGGACAACAACACCUUGGAUGUGAAUAUCUUCAAAGGGGGAGUUGUCCUCGGAUGUUAUUUUGGAUCACCUGCGCUCUAUAUCUGGGCCAUUGGGAUUCUAGCUGCAGGUCAAAGUUCAACAAUGACAGGGACCUACUCUGGACAAUUUGUGAUGGAGGGCUUUCUCAACCUGUCUUGGAGCCGAUUUAAGCGAGUGACUCUAACACGAUCGCUGGCGAUCAUUCCUACGUUGUUUGUAGCAGUGUUUCAGGACAUGUCCAGCCUGUCAGCCAUGAACGAUAUUCUCAACGUCUUGCAGAGUAUUCUGCUCCCAUUUGCUCUCAUCCCAAUCCUGACCUUCACCAGCCUCAGGUCAUUAAUGCAACAGUUCACCAAUGGAGUGAUUUGUAAGAUAGUCGGUGUUUUAAUCACCCUUCUGAUCCUGAUUAUCAAUGCUUACUUUGUGGUGGAUUAUAUUGAGCACUUGGACAGAGUUUGGCUCUACGUUGUCAUUGGGGUGAUUCUGCUCUUCUACCUCAUCUUUGUGUUUUAUUUGGUAAGUUUUGGUAAGAAGUCUCUUAUUAUAGCCUUGGGUCAGCUUGGAUACUGGAGCCUAUUGUCACAGCCACUCUCCUGUUCCACACUGGCCCCGCACCACGGGAUUGAGAUAUUGCCUGGCUGUGGGGAGGACAGGGCAAAUUCACCAGAAUAA